GGUAGGUGGGAAGGAAGUUAUUGUUUGGGUUGGGUAUAGAGAUGAUCUGAAGUUCAUUCGGGUUUGGGUAGGGUACUUGUCAGAAAAUAAGCCUCCGAUUCCGGUGAUUGUGGUAUUCUGUGCCUGUAGUAAAAAGGGGUCUUCUGCCUACAUUGUUGAGAAGUGGAGGUUCAAGGCCUUUAAUGGGUCUCUGCCAUCUGUGAAUCCUAUGGUUAUCUUCUCAUGAUUAUCUUUUGUAAAUUCACAUUAUUUAUUGUGUUUAUAUAUGAGCAAUACGAUGUCGUUUUCAACUUUUCACCACUCGGAAGUUGGAAUGCCUACACAAGCUCUUCUUCUGCUUCUUCUUCAGUUCUUCUUGACCUAUUUGAGUUUUGAGACAUGGAAAACUCUACAAUUCAAAGCCUUUUCUUGUCAAUGGAAGACUAUCCUCUGGGUUUCUUCUUCUUCUUCUUCUUUUGUCCGAUACCGGAAAGUACUGGGUUGUUUGGGCCGGUUCAUAUUCAUCUUUGAUCAAUCACAACUGCUGCUCAGCCAAAAAAAAAGACAAAUAUGUUAACUUUCCAGCAGAUGACGGUGACAAUGAUUCUCAUGUUGAUGACAAUAUAUGGUAUGAUAAUUUGUCUCAAAGCACCCUGCAGCGUCAAGUCUAUUUCCGGAUCAACAGGAUGUGAUUAUGUAUCAUUACAUAUCAGAAGCAGAGGAGAAAAUCAGUUGCUUAGGGUGAAGUUUAAGUUUAGUUUCAGGAAUGGAUUGCCCGCCAGGUUUCACAUUGAAGCGGAAACGUGACAAGAAAGACAGCAGUACCAGUACAAGCCAAACGGGGGGAGGUCUCAAUGCGGGGGUUCAUAAAAAGAUCAAACCAGGAUAUACCGAGGUGAGAGGGUUUUAUCCCGUCAAGCCGCCAAGUAUAGUUCCACCGGUUAUCAAAAACGUGUCGAGAAAGGAUCUGGCUGUACCAGCGAUUCAUUCUCCGCUUUAUAGCUCAGGACCAAGUGAUAUGCCACGUCCUGGUCCUGGCGUGAAAAAGGAAGUUCCUGCAGUAGAAAUCGGAUCAAUGUGAGGGCUCUGCUCCUCAGUUUCGCAUCCCAAAGUCUCCUGGAAAAAAGUCUCCAUCAACUGCUAUACCUCUACCUGCCAAUCCUUAGGCAUGCUAGGAUUUUCAGUUGUUCAUUUGCUUCUACUUGAACUCCAGUUUCAACUUUCCAACAGCUGUGUAAGGACUAAAGCCAGUUUAUCUGGAGGGCUCUAUUUGGGUUCCAAACAAUGAACGGGCUGCAAGUCUCGAUAGUUCAUCUCCUGUUCAAAUUCUUGUUUUGCACUCUGUGCAAGUAUCAAACUUCAGUUUGACUCUGUUGGGGAAUUCAAUGACCCAAUAUGGUUUCUCCGAACUAAAGCAGGCUUGUCGAAAGCUGAACUUUUCCGACGUAUAUUGCCUAAUCUUAGUUGGAUAACGAAUUUUCACCAGGUUCAAGUUCUCAGGAUCAACUGUUAUCACUGAGCUACAAGACUGGUUCAGUCUAUUGUUAAACCACCUUUGAUUCCAUAGAAGGGGAAAAACAAAAAAAGUACGUUUGGGCCACGUGGCAGAUAUUCGGGCACCUUCUAGACUUCGUACAACAAAAGGUCUAAUAUAUAUAUCAGUGCCUGUUUGUGUGACACUCGCAUUCGUCUCGGCGACGACGGCGUUGGAAUAGAGAGUGCUAUAGGAGCUUACCGAAGACGACGGCGUUUGAAGCAGCGAGGUGUUCAGGAAUCAGGAGUGACUUGUCUACCUUACAUGUGUUUGGCAACAUUGCUGUCGGGUUUCUUGUGGUAUUAGCAUUCAAUAACCUUCGUAAUUGUACAAAAUUCCCCGCAGAAGAAGGUUGGGCGAUGGACAUAAUCUCUCAACUACAGCAACAAACCAAUAAAAUUGCUGCUAUUACAUUCAAUACCUAUGGAACAUUACAAAGGGAUUCUCCUGCAGUCAGACUUUCUCCAAAUUAUCCAGAACCGCCUGCUAACCCUACAGAGGAUGCAGCAAGUUUUGCUGAACAAUCUAAGCUCAUGAGUGAAGCUCUGGUUGAAGCUGCAAAGCAGUUUGAUGCAUUAGUUGCAGCACUACCAUUAGCCAACGGAGGUGAAGAAGCACAGCUCAAAAGGAUUGCUGAACUGCAGGCUGAAAAUGAUAUUGUUGGCCAAGAACUUCAGAGACAAUUGGAAGCAGCAGAGGAGGAACUAAAGCAGGUACGCGGACUGUUCAGCCAAGCUGCAGAUCAUUGCUUGAAUUUGAAGAAACCAGAUUAAGGUACAGUUAUUUAUCUCGCCAUUUGGAACUGGGUGGAGGGCUUUCAGAUCCUUUGAUUACAGCCAAUCUUCUGAAAUGUGAUGAGAGGGAAUUACAUAGUAUAGGAGUAUGCUAUAUCCUUGCUUUGCCGGUUCUAUUGGGUGAGCUUUAAAUUUUAUAGUCCUGCACAGAUUCAAAGAGUUGGUCAUUGACUAUUAAAGUUUCAGUUUCAAACUAUAUAUUUUGGCAUCUCUUUUUUUGGAGAGGCAUAAACCAGAGAACAAGAAGUGGGUUCAGGAGAGGGUAUGCUAUUAUCAUAGCACAUUCUGUGACCUUUAGCUGUUCAUUUAACGUCAU